UUAAAACACCAUUUCAUUCAAUUGAUAUCGUUCAACUUUGCCAUAUAAUGGGUUCUGUAGAAAAACUUUUAUACUCUCUUGAUUUUUUGGCAAGCUUUAUUUUGACUCGGUUUCCUUACGUGUGUAUUUUAACGCUGCUUUUGCACGCGGGACGUGAAAAAUUACGAAAACCAGAUACCUGGCUUGAAACAAUAUAUGAAUCGACUUACAUUCAUGCUAUGCUACACUUUAUAUGCGGUGGUGGAAUGACCAUAGAUGCUACACGCAGAAUUGCUGGCUUGGCCGCUUGUAUUCAUAAUGGAUAUUUAGCUGUGUCGACUUUAGUUAAACCGACAGUUACAGAAUGGCUGAUGAUUAAGAUGUUUGCAAGAACCAUUGCAGUUGCUGGUGGUUAUUUACUGGUUGCUGGAGGACUUGUAGACAGUAAAAAAUCAACCAAAUUACAUCCAUCAUUACUUCAACUUGGUAGACAAAUACAAGCCUUCUAUGCUAUCUUUGCUGGAUACUUACUAUGGGCAAGUCCUGCUGAUCGUGCUGUGCAUAUUUCUCAUUUACCUUUAGGACAAUUGGUGGCAAUAUUUUUUGCCAUUGUGUUUGUUUUAUGUGGAAUUAUGAUGUAUGGUGGGUGGCAGGUACCGUACUUUGCACGUCUUGUUGCUUGGAUGUUAAUAAUUGUUACUGUAUUUGUUGAUUUUGAUACAAAGUAUUGGAAAAUUCGAGGGAUGGGUUAUUGGCAACAAGUGCAAGUUGGUGCACAGAAUGUGUGCAUUAUUGCAAACUUAAUAUUGUUGGGUAGGAUACGCAAUUGGUAGUUACAUGACAUUUUGGUGAAUUUUUAAUUUUAAAUAAGCCUAUACAAUUUUAUUUUGUCUAAUGCUAGAUCCACCUUGGAAUAAACAAGUGCAAUUGCAAAA